UCUUAGACCAAAUUAUUGCAUCCACGUUUUUUGUAGGUGUUGGCAUGUCAAAUCUAUUGCUUCGUUUCACAAAUGAUUCUUAUGAUCCAUCUUGUCGCGCUACAAUUGGGGUCGACUUUAAAAUUCGAACAAUUGAGCUGGAUGGUUUACGAAUAAAACUCCAUAUAUGGGAUACUCCCACUACACCCUAUUAUCGUGGUGUUAAUGGCAUACUUUUGGUAUAUGAUGUUACAAAUGAAUGGUCUUUUAACAGUAUCCUUAAUAAUAUAAGGAAUUGGUUUUCGAAUGUAGAACAACAUGCUAAUGAAGGAGUUAAUAAAAUCCUUAUUGGAAAUAAAUGUGAUUGGGUUGAAAAAAAGGCGAUUACCAAAGAACGAGGCCAAGAACUUGCAGAUAAAUUCAGAGUCAUAUUCUUCGAAACCAGUGCCAAAGAAAACAUAAAUGUUGAAGAAGCAUUCUUUACAUUGAUCAG